AUGCGUUCCGUUGCCUUCCUCCUCCCAGCCCUUGUUGCUGCCGCUCCCGGCCUGGUCUUCCCCCCCGGCGGCAGCCCUGACGGAACCGCCGACAACCCCGACCCGAACGAUAUCCAGAUCAUCAGCACUAGCUUCUCCGGCAACGGCUGCCCUCAGGGUUCCGUCUCCACCACCAUCUCCCCUGACAAGACAUCCAAGGUUGUCACUUUCGGUUUCGACAAGUUCCAGACCUACAUCGGCCCCGGCUACGACCCCACCACCAAAACCAAGAACUGCCAGCUCCACCUGAACCUCCGCUACCCGGGCGGCUUCCAGUUCGCCGUCGUCGACAGCACCUACCACGGCUACGCGCAGCUGGACCCCGGCGUCACGGGCACCUUCUACAGCACCUACUACUUCUCCCAGGACGCCAGCGCCACCACCACGACCCGGACCUCGAUCACGGGCGGCGGCAUCUGGGCCGACGGCCAGGUCUACACCAAGAACGACCAGGUCCCGACCGCGAGCUACAUCUACUCGCCCUGCGGCGCCAACGGCAUCCUCAACGUCAACAACCGCAUCUCGCUCACCAGCAGCAACAGCUCCGCCGUCGGCGAGAUCACCAACGACGACGCCACUGUUGCCUUUACCCAGCAGGUCCACCUGUCCUGGUCGAGGUGCAGGAAGUGA